AUGGCAAACCUCUCGCGCUACCCCAAGGGCCCGAUUAAUAAGCUCAAUAACCCAUAUAACAACAAAUCGCCUUAUUAUCCACACUAUAAGCAUUACGAUCCACUUGAUACAAGUCCUCGCGCUAAUAUGCUUGGCCUGAAACUGGAAGGCGAUGGUAGCAAUUCGUCUCUAAAAAUAUAUGAGCCUACUCCCCGCCAACUGCCAAGUGCUGGAGCUCUUCCGGUUUUCAUGAACACCUGGGAUCAUCUAACUGACUCCAAGUCUACCAGUCAGGCGAGUGAGGCCGAGCAGGGCGCUGGCUCUCGAUUAUCGCCGGAUUCAUUGUCCCCUUGGAACCGUCCGAGCCACUUUUUCAAACCACCAAGUAUUACCAUAACCUCGGUAGAUACGGAUACGGAGACCGAUGGCACUUCAGUCUCCAGUGACUCGCUCAUAAGCCCCUCCUUGGCACUCUCAUAUCCUCAACACGACAGAAGUUCGUCUAGACUCGCUGAAAUCACCAAUGAACAAGCCGAUGAUAUUGUUGGACCGUCAUCUGAGAACGUAGCUCUCGAUUGGGUUCACCAUACCACAGCUACUGAAUCUGUACGUGUGUCAUCGUUAGUAUCCCUCGAGGAGGCCGGUAAUGAAGCGUAG